ACAGUAAGCUUUUAGUAAAUACAGUGUCUGUACCAUGGCUGAGCCUGUGGUUCUCCCUAAGAAUUUCGAUCGCUAUGCCGAGGUAUUCGGACAACAGCGACGCCCUUCCCAAGACUUCCAGAACCAGACGAAGCGAGACGCGCAGGCUCAAGUCUCCAAAGAACUGCAGAAGCUCCUCCAGACGUGUCCUUCGGGGAUUCGAGAGGCGACCGAGAGGGACUUCGAAGGGUUUGAGAAGCUCUUCGGUCGCUUCAUCAACGAGGCCGGACCGUCGGUGGAAUGGCCCAAGAUCGAGAGACUCCCGGGAGGAUCGGUUCGUCACUACACCAGCCUAAACGGACCCUCGUCGACAAACGUGAAGAAAAUGCUGGAAAAACUGGUAGUGGUCAAACUGAACGGUGGACUGGGUACCUCCAUGGGAUGCACUGGACCAAAGUCGAUCAUUCCCGUCCGUUCUGAUCUGACCUUUCUUGACCUUACGGUGCAACAGAUAGAGGCCCUCAACAAGAAGUACGACUGCCAAGUUCCUUUAGUCCUUAUGAAUUCCUACAAUACUGACGAAGACACGCAAAAAGUCAUCCGAAAAUAUCAAGGAUUUCAGGUAAAGACCUACACCUUCAAUCAGUCCCGAUACCCGCGCAUCCAGAAGGAAUCUCUGAUGCCGAUUCCUCAGUCCUGUUUGGGCGUGGCUGAUACUGAAGGAUGGUAUCCUCCAGGCCACGGGGAUUUCUACUUGUCCUUUUUAAACUCGGGUCUUCUUAAGGAGUUUUUGCAACAGGGAAAGGAGUACGUCUUCCUAAGUAACAUCGACAACCUGGGUGCCACCGUUGACCUCAAUAUCUUGAACUUCCUGCUGGGGGGAGACACGCAAGGUCACUGCGAAUUCUUGAUGGAGGUCACGGACAAGACGAGAGCAGAUGUGAAGGGCGGCACCCUUAUCCAAUACGAGAACAAACUACGGCUCCUGGAGAUAGCCCAGGUUCCCAAAGACCACGUGGACGAUUUCAAGUCUGUGAAAACCUUUAAGAUCUUCAACACUAACAACUUGUGGAUUAAAUUGGAUGCCAUGGAACGAAUCCUGGUCGACGGUACGAUGGACAUGGAAGUCAUCGUCAACAACAAGACUCUGGGCAACGGACGGAACAUCAUACAGCUGGAACAGGCGGUCGGGGCUGCGAUCAAGUGCUUCAACGGGGCCCUGGGAAUUAACGUGCCGAGAUCGAGGUUCCUGCCGGUAAAGAAAACGGAGGACCUUCUGCUGGUGAUGAGUAACUUGUACAAUCUGCAGCACGGGACCUUGACGAUGUCUCCCCUUCGGCAGUUCGACACCACGCCCCUCGUCAGGCUGGGCGGGCCUCACUUCGGUAGUGUCCAGGACUUCUUGAAGAGGUUCGCGUCCAUUCCCGACAUGCUUGAGUUGGACCACCUGUCUGUCUCCGGGGAUGUCACCUUCGGGAGACGUGUUGUGUUCAAGGGAACAGUCAUCAUCAUCGCCAACCACGGAGAUCGUAUUGAUAUACCUUCCGGGUCCGUUUUGGAGAACAAGAUUAUAUCGGGAAAUCUGCGCAUUCUCGAUCACUGAAAUUACGAUAUUGGGAAUGGCUCUGUACGUAAUAAUGAUAAUAAUAAUCCGUUA